GAUGCCCUUUGCUUGGGCUUUGUUUGCUGUGGACCCACAGGCUUCGUUGAAAACGGCAGGGCCCAGGACAUGUUCCUCCCCGACUCCCACCACCGAAGACGCGCACAAUCCCCUCGACACCUCCUACACGGCGUUCACCACGCGUCGCCCAACGUCUCCGUCGUCUAGAACACCCCGCAGCCACCCGGCCCCAGCCUCCGCGCGAUGGCUGCCACCAAACGCAAGAGCGAUCAUUUCGAGGAAAGACCCGACCACGACGACGACCACGGCGCAGACGGUGACCAGCCGAAGCAGAAUCACAUCCCUCGUCCUCCCAACGCAUGGAUAUUGUACCGCAAGCACAUGGCGGCCAUGCUCCGCCAACAAAGACUGGACACACCCGGCGAGCGACCCCUUCCCCAGUCCAUGGCCUCCAAAGAGAUUGCAGAGCGAUGGAGGAAGGAAUCCUACGAAGUCAAAUCCCAGUUCGAGCGACUCGCCGAGAUCGAAAAGCACAAGCACGCGAUGCAGUACCCGGACUACCGUUUCCAGCCGCAAUCGAAAGAACAGCGCGAACGCCAGAAGCAGCUCGAGAAAGAGGCCAAGCAGCGCGAGCGCGAGGCCGCUCGUAAAGCCGCCAAGAAACGUCGCACCAACCCGCCUACGAACCCGCAGCCACAGGCCCUCUACCAUACCCUCGCUUACCCCGCGACCGCGGGCGCAUCGACGUCAGGAAUGCAGCUGCAGCUUCCGCCGACGUCUUCAAUGCUUAGCGCGCCGAGCGCAAUGCCUUCGGGCGUCAGUUUCGUCAUUCCCACCCUCCAGCCCCCCGAAGAUCCCUACGGCCCGUAUGGGUCCACUCCGCCGUUGGCCGCCGCCGAAUUAUUUAACGAAGCGUCCCCGACUCCCUCGUCGUCAUCGGAAUCAAGUCGACAAUCUGUUCCCCCCGUGGAGACGCGACAGUCCUCCGCGGAACCAUCGAGUGUCUCUGCCCCUUCCCCAGUAAUUGCGGACCCAGGCGCAGUUGAAGUACAGAAAAUCGUCGAAGUGCUACAAGCCCAGCAAACAGUUGAAAGUAAGGUGCCGGAGCAAUGGUCAUUACCCCCUGUAAACCCACCGACCGUCACCUACCACGUACCCGCUCCCGCCGUCCCUGACGUCAACGCGUGGUCGCUGCAGGAUGGAAACAUGGUAUUCAAUGCAGCUGAUGCUACGAUGUUUGCCACCGACGCGCCUGGCGUCUUUCAGGUCGAGAAUUUCCCCGAGAAUCUCCUCACGAACCCGUUGCCGGGCUCGCUCGACUUCUCGCAGGGUCAACUACCUCCGCUCGAGAUGCCCGAAAUGCAAGCCUUGCUAGGCCAUUUUGACUUCAACUUUGAUUUUGGGCUGCCGCACGACACGAUGCCGUUCGGAUCGGGCUCUUUCUUGAAUGGUACAACGUUCGACGGAAAUGGCCAAGGGAAUCAGGAUCUGGUGUCCCAAUUCAUGAACUUUGAGGGCUUCGACGCUAACGCGUUCACUCCUUCGUCUUCGGGAUCCGCAACAAGCCCCGGGUACACCAUCGCUGGAACGCCUGCUACAGACCCCAUGUCGGUUGCGGACCACUCGCAUGGCGGAUACGUACCCCCGGCUGGCGCGGUCCAUACUAAUGUUCGGCGCGUUGCUGCUAGUUGGCCUCCCUCGUUUGCGAUCGGUGACGACGACGACCUGGGCGACGUCCAUCCGCCUACCCACGCCGUUCAGUACAGGAUUCCUACCUGAAGCUCGAGCCCUCCCUCUCCCCACUCUUGGAUCUAUCAACGCGUUAGCAUCGGCGGGGCUGCGUGCGCUUCGAAUGUUCUCAAUGUAAUGUGUACUAUCAUUAUUCCGCUUUUGCUUUCCCGUUCGUGCUCGUAGAUCCCCCACCCCUGCUCGCUUUUCGUGUCUAUACGCUUUGCUCUCCCAUCGCUGUUUUCCCCCCAUCCACCUAUUCUCCGCCAUCCCACAAGUUGUUACGCCUCCCGUGCUCCUGGCAUGGUGCCUCAGCUCUCCAUUCUUAUCUGAUCUCGCCAUCGUCAUCGUUAUCGCUAUGCCCUAUACUUGUCUGCUCCUACACGCCCUUCCUGAUCGACCUCGUGUCUGUCAA